AUGGGGGAGUCUCUCGAAUUAAUAGGGAAGCGUCUACUUUUGCUCCUCGACGACGGCAGGUCUGCUAACGGAUCCGAGCCGGAGCAGGCCACCUGGGCCCGAGACUGGCUCCGGGGGACGGUGCGGGCAGUCAGCGUCAUUGGCCUGGUCGCCCCGGAGGGUCGCGGAGGAGAAGCGACAGCCACAUCCAGCGCUGCUGCUGCCGCUGCUGCUGCGGGGCUGACGGUCGGUGUUUACAUACUAGUGCUACUAUACUGCGUGGCGAAACACCCACCUUAUCAAAGUAUAAAACGCGUGCUAGCUACGAGAAAUCAUGUUGACCACACUGAGUGCGUUUUUGUAUUAUUAAUACUGGUAAAUGUCUUGGCAGUGGACGUUUGCUCAGUUAUAUCUCAGCGCGCUACAAGUCGCGGGCAGUCAGGCGAAGCUAAACUCGAGGCCGGGGAUUUUCUGGCCUUUGCUUUGUUCGCGUUUAGUUCUGCAAAGAAUGACAUUCGCCUCCAUAAAUACUUGUCUUUAUCUGCAGGCAGUCGGUUGCGAGGUAUAUACGCGCCAGAGCUAACUCCACGACCAUGAUACUGUAAUAAAAGUGAAUAACAGCGUUAGCUUGUCAAUCCGCAUCGUCAGCUAACGACAGUCCUGUGAAGGGCCUAACAAGUUCAUAUGGGGGUGAAGCAGGAAUUCCUUUGACUUUUUUGUGUGGUCCAAAUUGCGAAAUGUUCAGAUUAACGCAGAAUUUGUUAAUAAAAUAAAUCCUCUAAUGAGUUAAAUUAAUCUUGCAAAGCUAUGAUUAGUCUUCAUUAUGCAGAGCUGUGAAACUGCGCCGACCUAAGAGUGAGAUUUGGACAUUUUGGGGGUGUGUUGGUUGGUGACCUACAUAUAUGUUUACGUUUCAUAGCUGGAAUUUAGGUUAUUAAGAAGGUAAAUAGUAACACAUUUAAUUGGGUAUUCAUUUAAAUAAGCAAAAACUCUUUCAAAUUACCGUGUUUGAAACAGAUUUUACAUUACUGUUACUCUUAAAUUAAAAGGUUGAGAAAAUGAUGAUAGUUGUCAACUCUGGUUGUUGAACUGAAUGCAGUUGUAUAACAAUAUCUACAACAAUGAAAUUUCAGAGCUGAAAACUUAAUUGUUUACUGCUGCUAUUUUGUUGUUCAUCAGUAUUUACAUAUUUGAUAUUGAUAAAAUGGGAGAAUGUUUUGAUAUAUAAAGCAAGAAAAUAAGAGUCAAACAGAACAAGACAUGUCGGAUGAAUACAUUUGUUAAGUAGGUUUAAAAUUCAGCCACUGAGAUUUAAAGUAUGUCAAUGGACAUGACCGAUCUGAAUCCUUGUGCCAAGGUCAAAAAAGUUUUUUUGUUGUGCAAGAGUGAAGAUGUUUAUUCUCAAAUUACUUAUAUCCUAUACUCCAGCACCCCACUGACAUUACUGAUCCGAGUCAAAGUCAAACAAAUGGUAGUUUUCUAGGAUAAGAUCAGCAUCAUGAAUAAACACCAAACAUUAUGACUUAUUUACUUACUGCUGCUAUUUUGUUAUUCAUCAGUACUUACAUGUUGAUAUCUAUAAAAUGGUAGAAUGUUUUGAUAUAUAAAGCAGGAAAAUAAAAGUCAAACAGAACAUGGCAUGUAGGACUAAUACAUCUGUUAAGUGGGUUUAAAAUUCAGCCAGUGAGAUUUAAAGUAUUCCAAUGGACAUGACAGGUCUGAACCCUUGUGCCAAGGUCAAAAAAGUUUUUUUGUUGUGCAAGAGUGAAGAUGUUUAUUCUUAAAUUACUUAUAUCCUAUACUCCAGCACCCCACUGACAUUACUGAUCCGAGUCAAAGUCAAACAAAUGCUAGUUUUCUAGGGUAACAUCAGCAUCAUGAAUAUACACUGUGUUGUUUAACCGUUUUUGUUCAAACAAAUGUACACCAAACAUUAUUGACAUUAUUAACAUCUCGUCAGCCUUAUUCGGUCCAGUACAACAGCUCAAACACAACUUCUACCCUCAGGAAGCGUUUUUGUUGACCUCCACAGACAGGUGUUUGUUAUACUUUAUGUUUGUCACUGAAGAUGUGGUGGUGUACUCGUGUGUGUUAUCUUAGAUUUUGUCCUUUUCAUCUGCUGUACACUACCAAUUCUCAUGACAGUUUCAACACUUGAAGUAUUUAUCACCAGUCUGAUCAUGUUAACAAAAACAGGUUAACAUGUUACCAACUUGAACUAAUGCAGAAGUAUAUACCAGGCUCAAUGCUACCCUUUAAUUAAUAUACAGUCUGUAACACUUCCCUACCAGCCACUGAUGCUAAUGUGACUUCUGUAAGAGGUUAAAGAUCAGUGCUUGAGUCAUGAUAUUGAAGACACUCUGUAGUUUGCAGAAAAUCAACACAGCUAAACUAAGCCAGAUCACAACUUUGUUUUGUAUAACAUUUUUAUUGAUCCCUGGUUCUGCUUAUCAAUACAUAGGUCUUUUUAAAAAUUAUUUAUGUGGGCGACUCUUGCCUUUGAUGACAGGGAGACAAGGGACGCAGGAAAUAGUUGAGGUUUGGAGUCAAAACCCUGUCUGCUGCAAGGACUAUAGUCCCUAGACAUGCGGUAUAACCCGCUAGGCUAUCUAUGUGCUUUAAUACACAAAACUUAAACAUUAAGUUUGCCAACUGUUUCAGAUUGGUAAAUCUUGUUACACGGAGUCACUACUCGGUUCCUAUUGCAACAGAAAAAUAAUUUUAAGACAUAUAACAACAUAUAAACAGUAAAACUGCUUUUCAGUGCAAGAAAAAUUAUGCACAAGUUUAUAUUCGACCAGUUAUUAAAAGAAAAAAUAAGACUGACUACUUGACUCAAUAGGUGGUCUUUCCUUAUCAAGGCAGCUUGAGCAUUUUUGGCCUGAUCGACCCUUCACAGCUUCAGAAAUUAAACCAAAAAUUGAACUAUACAGGAAAAAAAUGGGGGGGUUAAGUAUGUAUGUAAAUGAGGGAAUAUUUGUGUAAUUUCCCGAAAACCUUUCAAGGCAGAAUUUCACAGUCAAACACAAAAGCAGUCACACAAAGUUUGUCUUUAUAGAUACUCGUCCAGAUCUAGAGGUACCCUGAGUGACGCUAUCAUCUGCAUCUGUCUGGUGACGGGUUCAAAUGUCUGAACUAACACACGAGCUGAAGUCACAGUAACCGCCAGAUCUUUUAAAACCCUAACAACAAAAAGUAGAUCUCAACCAAAACAUGCAAAAAAGAGGCAAGUGAUUGAGUCUUAGUUUGUCUCCUUACUGAUGCUGUUAUUAUCAUGGAAAUCACAUCAAACGGCUGACCGCCCGCCUCCUGUAAGUGUACUGUGUUUGGUUGGCCUGCCGUUACCAGUUCAAAAUUGCUAUUGAUAGUGGAAAUACAAAUAGAAGAAAAAGCCUUGGAAGGUUUUUUUGCUUUAGGGAUAGGGGUUCUAGUUUUUAUUGAUACUGAUACCAUUAUCGGGUCCUUAUCAAUACUACUGUUAAUGGUCUCCCUUCAAGACUCGAUAGUGGACCUGAAAAGCUCAAAUGCGAUUUUUGGGUAUUGGGAUGUGCUAAAUUGGGUAUUUAAUGGGCUUGGAUAUCGACCCCCAUCACUAUUUCGCUUUCAGGUGAGAGAGACCCUUUAACUGUUAGGUCUGAGGUUCAUAUUCAUGCACCAAUGACUGGGUCAAAGAAUUUCACUGCUACACCCCCAGAAACAAGAGGAAAAAUGACUGAAUCUAACAGAAAUUCCUUGUAGCUAUAAAAAGAGUAUUUUUUUCCUAACAGUUGCACAAUUGCCAAGUGUUGUCAGGAUAAUGAGGGAACACUGUUGUUGGCUGUCUGUUACAAACACAGAAAUGCAAACCUGCUCCAAACUUGACAGAAAUUCACAGCAAAAGAUCUCUGAACUCACAGAGUGUGGAGAUAAAGCAUCUCUUCGAUGAAAGGGGACACACACAGACAAAUCAAUUUGUGCUUCAGGUGAAAGUAAGACUUGUGAGUUUCAUCUCAAUAUCACUCACUCAUCGUGCUUCGGAGCCAAAGAUAAACUGUGGCUUUAGUCAGAUUAAGUCAGAUUUGGGUUACAUGUUGGCUGAAGCAGAGAGUGAAUAGAAGAAUAUCUUCAAAUGUUAGUGGAUAAAAUCGAAAACUCUAAAGCUCUUUAGUGCGAGUGAACCAGCCUUCUGGAAAAAGGGCUUCUGUAACUAGGACUUAAAUCUGUUAGCACCUGGACGUUAAGCAGUUUGGUUUGUAUUAUCUUUUAUCUAGCUGGUAACAGUGACAAAAUGGCAUAACUUAGGUUUCGGUGGACUUCCACUGCUUUGCUUGGUGACCAUUACUUGAAAAUCCAAGCUGGUGAAAGCUUGACUCCAGUCUUUCAGAGAGAUGCUGUUAAUCAGUAACAGUCCAUGCAUUUCAAACCCUGAGGUUAAACGUGUCUGCUAUGACUCGGUAGCAUCCAGGGAACUCUCCCAGAGUCAUAACCGUUUAGUCGCUCUGUUGAACAGCCAGCUUAGCUUCAUUUUAUAAACUUGUGCUUUACAAGCAAAGGGGUAUCUUACAUGAGACACAGUUGCAGAGAUUGCAACACUAGGUUUCAUGGUAAGUCUCUUUGUUUCUGUUUUAGCUCAGGGUUGCUUAAUUCGCCAUUCUUGUGACUCAGAGUUGAGCAAAACACUGAACCAGCAACUUUGAGCAAAAGUAGCUAUGUCCUAAAACAGCACUUAGGGUUGUUCUGAGUGUCAUCGGGUAAUUUCAGCUACCACCGAUAAGAAAACCCCCCAAAAAUAACAGACACUAGACCAUAUCUUUCCAGAUAUACAUGCAAACAGAAAACCAAAGAAACUUUUUGGUAUUCUCUUGGGGCAAACAGCUUGUGGCAGAAGUUGAAAGAUGGUCUUUUGUUGUUGGACUUCAUUUGCUUUCUUUUGACUGUGUUUGACUAAAUAAAAGGACUGAGCUCUUGAGUUUCCUGCACUUUUUCCACGUAAUGCUACACUCUAUUUCUACACACCCCAGCCCCUGAUUUGAGCCCGUGUGUCUUUCAGUGUCCAGCAGAGAAGUGUAACAGGUUUGAUGGUGUGUAUCUGUUUAUGUCUCGUUGGGUAUUUGUUAAAGAAAGCAGUUGUGCUCUUUGUAAUUAUGCUUUUUAUUAAAACAGUUCACUAGCUGAGACAUCAGACUAAAACUUGACGAUCCAAAUUGAUUUGAGCCUCUGUAGCAUGUGCACAUCAUCUUCAAAGUCACUUUAGAUAAAACCACAUGUGCAAAGGGAGUCUGUAAACUACUUGAGUUAGCCAGGAUCUGACUGUAUGUUACAACAACAGUGAUCUUACCACAGGAUUAUAAGUUAUUAAAUCAGUGCCAUGAAUAUUCAGGGUUUGGUGUCUGUAGACCAUUAAAGCCAGGAAAAUUGUGAUUGACAGACAUUUUCCCUCUGAUCCCUCCCAUCUCUUGUUCAGCCCUCGCUCUGACUGAGACACUACCAUUAAGUGUGGUGAUUUGCAUUAACUAUGCACACCACAAAUGAUGACAUGCUGAGACUCUUCACUUAGUCGUUGCACUGAGAAACUCCCUGAUCCAUGUGUCAGUUUUCACAGUCAGAUGUUACAGGCAGGGCUGAACAGCAUGACCUAAAAAUAAAGUAUCCAUUUUUUAACUCCACACUUGAUUUACGUCUUUUCACCAUUUGUCGCUGCGUCCGUUAUCUACCGUUUUGCAGCUGUCUUCAGGCUGCCACUGGGUUGUGCAAGUUGCUCCACACUUCUUCCUCUCAACUGCAAGCCUCUGUUGGAAUCUUUGAAAACACAGCCUCCUCUUUUAUUGUUGACACUGAGGUUUGACAAAAUUUCAUGGAGACAGUGGUUUGUUUGAGUUUGGACUGAGAAGCCCUUCAAGAAACCAACUUGGCAUUAACACACAGUGCCACAGUGACUUAUUACCUGUAUUUGGGGAGAACUCAAGUCUUACUGUAAACUGUGAAAGCUAAGAGAGGCAGUGCCCUACCUGAGUUACCUUAAUAAAAGUGAAAUAGGAUUUAGAAAAUCUUCCUCGAUCUUCCUUGAAAAAUACUUUUUCGUCAAGCUCAACUUCGGUUACAGAUGAAGCUACAGCUGUUUUUAUUCUGAAACAGUCCUCAUAUUCAUGUCCUGUCUCUCUUUGUUUUCCCAACUUUAGGUAUAUGUGGAGUUUGAGAACGCUUCGCAGCGCUGUUCUUGGGUGCGGGUGUAUGAUGACGGGGUGAAAGCUGUACUGGUGGAAGAGUCUAUUGUUUGGGCCAAUCGAAGUGAUAGUACUGGAACUGCUGAAACCACAACACCAACCACAGCCUGGCCUGCACUGGUGAGUUUGAAUCAGGACAAAGUGGAGCUCUGAAACUAUAUUAGAUAAAUGGGAAAAGAUUCUCAGCACAUGGAUAUGACCCACAGCUGGAUAUUAGGCCAAAACCAACUUACAAUGGUUGUGUUCAAGAGCUGAAACAUCUAGUGUGAGCAUCACUAAUUUAAAAGCAUCACCACACUUCUGACAGUGAUAACCGUUUAAAUUCCCCGUCCCUGAAAAUGGUGCUGCUUGGGCAAGUAGAGGACAACAAAAACAAAACCAAAGUGUCAAAUUACUCAAUCUGGGUUUCUUUUUUCCUUUUAAUAGUGACAGAGGUCAGAUAUGACCCCAUGUAAGAUUUAGUUCAUCUUAAAUAUUCAAUUGAAACAAGAAUUUUCUUCUUCUCUUUUGUAUUUGCUGUGGAUCAGGACCUGGGGUGGGCUUUAGUGUCUGUCUUAUUUGUACCCACCACAGAUGACUUUUUGGACUUGAUUAUAAUCCAUCCUUUGUUAGAAGUCGGGAUGUGCAACAGGUACUCCUGAUCAAUAGCUAUGUCAUAUUUACACACCAACACUGACUGGGACUUGUGUAACUGCAAACUCAUGAACCAACCCUUUGAAGAAGAUUCAUAACACUGGAUUCCCAUGGGAUAGACAAAAGAGUGAAACUCGUGCAGCUGGUGACAAACAUUUAUGAGUGAAAGGAACAGUUAAAUACAGCAGCUACUUCAGAAACCAAGUGAAGUGAAUAGACUGAUAUAGACUGAUUUCAUCAUUAUUAUUAUUAUUAUACUUUACAUGAGAGGUGUUCUUUGCUAAUUCAAAUCAAUGUCAACUUUUGAGUUUAGCAACAAAUCAUGACUGAGUGUCCUUCAAGUCUUAUUCCAGUCAACAUUGUUGGUUAAUGUCAAUUCUACUUGGCUCAAGUGGGCAGAAUUGCACACACAGAUGAAAAUAUUUUCUAAUCUAGAUGGUCAUUUUUUUCUUCCUUAAGGACUUUAAUUUUCUCACAGCAUCAUUAGUUUGGUUGUUGUAGUCGUUGACUUAAAAAGUAGUAUUAAAAAAAAACAUGAAAAUGAAUAGUGGUAAAAUCACGAUUAGUUUUACCGGAAAAAAAAGGUUUUAGAGGAGGACAUUUUGGCCAACCCUGUCUGAAGUCUGCUAGUUAUUCUGGUGUUGGAAGGAAAACCUGGUCAAGAGACACUUUCAGUUUGACGGCUACAAAAGGCUCAGAGUUUCAUGAAAGUACUUACUUACUUUUUCUAAAAAAUCGUUGCAGUCCUGAUGUGUAAAAUAAUCAUUUUCUUGUUAUUACUUUCUUCUUUAAUUACAGUAUGAAAUAGUGUUGUCUUUUUCUCCUGCAGGUCUUCCGCUCCCUCGUGGACAGAGUGGGUUUAGGGUCUCUAGUUGCUGUGGAGUAUUUUGGAAACAAGAACUUUGAGUUCCUGCCUGAUAAUAAGACUGUCCAGAGGUUUGAGGUGAGUGCAUUUGUUUUACAUGGUUUGUUAAAGACGGUUCUGUUAAUCCUCUUAAGUGCCAUUGAAUGGAUGUAUUAAUUUUUAGAGAUCCCCCUCUUACCUUCAAGGGACACAUUUUUUAUGAUAUUUAAGCACCAAAAUCAUUAUUUUGUUACUGCAUCUUAAAGUAGACACAUUAAUGUGGUCUGUUUUGUGUAGCCAUAAAUGGGACCCCUUAGAUUUUUAUUUUUAUGAAAAAAAUCUAAUUAUUUUUAGAUCAAAUUUGUUAUUGUGAUAUUACACUAAUAGUUAAAUAACAUACUUGAACUUGAGUUCUAUUUUGUUUUGUUGAAGCACCGCCACUCUUCAGGAACUGUUUGGUUUGUGUCCUCUCUUAGGUUGAUAAAGACAUAGGACAUCCUUUGUUGUUGGAGCAGCCCUCCCUACACUCUGCCAUCUCCAGCUGGCACACUGAUUUUGAACUGCAGGAGAUCUUCAGGAAGGGUAAGACUCACAUUUGAUGAGGUUAAAUGUGUUUACUUUACUGACCCUGUGUGUCCUCUGGGUAUUUUAAGUUCUCCAUCUCGUUGAAUGGAAGCUUUGAAAGCAUGGUGUGGAUCACUAUCAGCAGUGACUGAAAAUCUAUUUGUUUCUGAUACACAUUAUCCUGUUCUAGGCUGAUCUGAUUAUCAGCUUCAGGAAUUAUAUUCAUCAACUCUGCACAAGCAGCAUGCGACAAUGAGAAACUGUUCAUGUCGUUUUAUAGCGGUUUUUGUUGUGAUAUGAAAGAGUAACUUCAUAAAUAUUACAUCGACUAGCUUUCUGAGCCAAAUGCCUGUUGCCACCUGAUUUACAAUCUUAGUCUAACAACAACCAAGACAAGUUGAAUGUGGGUAGCACCAAAAUAAGAAUACAAAGAUGUAAAGGGUUGUACUGUAGAGUACACUGAGCACAAAGUUAAAACUCUCCUUACAGAAAAGUAGUGAUGUUUAGUGUUAAGCCUUAAUUUAGCACUAAAUUUGAAAUAUGUUGAUUCAACACCAAUAGAAAUAACAGUUCAGUGAUAAAGGUAAACAAGCAAGAGGAGGCCUGUUAAAGCUACAGCAUCUAUAUAAUUUGCUAUUGUUCGGUUCAUUCAGGUUUAAAUCAUACUAGAAAGCCACCCAUGAUCAAGCUCCAGUGUAUAUUUCUGAGCUGCUCCAUCCUGACAUCACUAGUAGAUCCCGCAGGUCUUCUGACCCAGGUCUACUUGCUCUUCCCUCGUGCCAGACUUAAAAACAAAAGGAGGUUGUACCUUUUAAACUUGUGGCUCCAACUCUUAACUGUCUGCCUAUUUAAUUACGCUGCGCUGUCUCCUCUGAUUUUGGCCAUCUGCUGUGAUUGUUUCCUGGUGGUAUUAUAUUUGUUACCGUUUUUAUUUUGGUUUGUUUUUAUUCUUCUCUUUAUUGUUGUUAUUCUUAUUAUUGUGAUAUUUUGUGAAGCACUCUGUGACUUUGCUCUGUGAAAGGUGUGAAAUUAAACAAACUUUACCGACCUACUAAGUACAACAACAACUUUUAAGCAAAAUUAAAAAUCAAUAGUGGCACCAACUCAGAGAUAUUUUAUUAGAAUAUUAAAACAGGUUCAAAGUUAGAAUAGUGAACAGCACAGCAUUUGACAAUAUUCAUAAUAUGUCACUUAUUCUUACCUCAACUUGAAAACUUCCCACAAACAAAAAGCAGCCUGAUGUAACAGGUACCACAAUGAAACUAGGCUGAGAUUUGUAGACUAUGCCAGUGAUUGGUGAAGUUUCUCUCACAAAACAAAGUUAAUCUUUCUCACUUUGAAUAAGAAAUGUCUAAUCUACCAUCUGUUUUGAACCCCUGGUGUGUACCUUCUAGGAUGUGACUCUAUCCUUCUCUCUGUUCCUCAGGUUCUUACACUGUUCAAGGACGCAGGGUUCGCGUGUACCAGCCGGAGUUUGAGGAGUGCUGGGCUUCAGGACUGGUCUCUCAGCACGACCCCAUCUCACACAUCAUGGAGAUUACACUAGAUAAGGUAAAGUCUAUUUCUGUUGAAAGAGGGAUUGGGAUACAAAAGAGGACUAGAUGUUGUAUUUCAAAUUGUGGAAAAGUCCAAAACAAAAGGAUUGAUGGUAUGUCAGUGAUAUAAUUGUUUGUGAGUAGGCCUGUCGCGAUAAUCAAUUAAUCGCCUUAUCGCUCGGUAAAUAAAAACAAGGUCGAUAACUUUGCCAGCCUUGAUAAUUGACGUGCGUUUGUUUUCCUCCUCUCUCGCUACCAAACACGCUGGAUGAGAGAAGAGGUCUCACUCUGCGCAUUGUUCUCGGCACCUGGGGGCGUUGGCUCUAUAGCGAAAUGAACGGAGUUAGUGAACCCUCCUGUCAGUCAUUCAGUAUCUUUGUCACGGGGGGCGCGCGCACAGGCACACAGACACAGACUUUUGGAUACAGUGCUGCAAGUGAGCGUCGUGAGUGAAAAGCAAGCUAACAGAAUGAACACGACAGCUAUGGUGUCUGAACCGAACGCAACAGCCCAAGUGUGGGAAUAUUUCGGCUUUAAACCAGUUUUGUUUUCGUCAACCACAAAACUCCACGUGUGUGUGCGUGCGCGUGCGCGUGUGUCUGUGUGUUGGAGGAGCACAGCAGGCUGAGAGCUGUCAGAGCGGACUGAAGCUGCACCUAUAUGUUUAGCGUUUAAAUGACUGAGUUUUGCAACUCUGUUCGUCAUUUUCGUCUCGUCCCAUCAUGUAAACGCACUUUCGUCUCGUCACAUUUUAGUCAUCUCCGACUUAUGUUUAGCUCGUCAACGUUACGUCUUCGUCGUGGGUGAAAUUAAAGUUAAUCACUUUUGACAGGGUGUACUCGCAUUAUUAUGCCAUUUAAUAUCAUUAUCUAUAAUUUAAAAAACGGUGUCAAUAAUAUCGUUUAUCGCAAUAAUUUGUAGCACAAUUAUCGUCCAGCAAAAUUUGUUAUCGUGACAGGCCUAUUUGUGAGCAUUAUUGUUACCCUACUGUUGGUGUUACUUCAGCGCAGGUUUUCAUUGAUUAGAGUUAAAGGAGCAUUUCGCAGUGUUUUUAUGGAUAAUGUUCAAAUUUUACAGGCAUUGUCUAAGAAGGGAGCUCUGUUACAAACGUUUCCUAAAAUAAAAAUGUUAUUUUAGUCGUUUUGGUUAUGUUGUAAAUGUGGCUGUUAUAGACAUUUUCAAUGCAAAAGGAAUAAAGAAAACAAAGGGUGAAGAAAUAAAAAUGCUUUUCAGUCCAAAUCCAGAGUAUAUAAUUACAUAAUUAAAAUCAGUUUUUACAUUUUAAGUCUCUUGAAGGUUUUUUUGUUGCAGUGUCCCUUUAAUUAGGAUGUUUAUUUGUCGAUGCAGGGAGAAGGACAACAGAUGGUCGACCCUCGUGUGAUACAUGUCAUGCUCACGGAGGAGGAGGUAUAUAGAAAAUCUUAUUGUAGUUGGUUAAACAUCUUGUUUUUUCUACUGAAUUGGUUUUAUCAGCUUUAUUGAUAAAAACAUUUCCUACUUUUCCCUCGUAACAGCUCGGUAAGAAUGGACGGCGAAGGAAGGACAGUGAAACAAUGAAGGGUGACGGCGGACGCAGGCGUAGGACUGCCUCUGAAGGUGAGGAUGACUUGAACUUAAAACGCUUCAAAGGAGCAGGAGAUGUCGGAGCAGAAGGGGAAAACUGUGGUGAAUCCACCAAAACUCCAGCAGAAGGAAUGGGCGUCUGGGGUGGAGACUUGGGCGAAAGAGUCAGCAGCACAACCAAAAACGGAAGCUCUUCAGACGGAACUUUUCCUCAGGGCAGAGUGUCAUCCCCCAACACCAAUACUCCACUCCAGAUGGACCAAUCAAACGCCACUCCUCCCCGAUACCCUGCCCAUGUCAAAGAAAAUGGUCGUACAAUCGCCACACAAGGGCCAGCGGACUCCACCACAACUGUUUCCCACACCCCUACCCCCCCUCCCCUCAAACCAGCCCCCUCUCCUUUCUCCACCACAUCUUUCCCCUCGCUAGGCCAGAUGCCAAGCCUGGUCCCUGGAGCACCAGCCCCCAAGGCCUCCCCAUCCCCCCAGCCAGACCGAGAGGAGGCCUCCCAGUCGGCCUUCUCUAAAACAGCUGCUCUUGUUUCCCCGGGGCCUGUCACCAUUACUUGGUCACAUGACAGCGGCCCCAGUGUGGCACUUUCUGCUUCUGUGGGGUUUAGUCCUAAAGCUCCCACCUGGGGUAGCCAAACUGAGGUAAGUCCAUCAAAAUGAAAGGUGCCAUUUAUGAAUACUGUCCAUCUUUAAAUCAUUUCAGUCUCAGUUCAUAAUUUGACAUCAUUUUGUUUCUCAGGGCCCCAAAAUGACUCCAGCUUUUCGUUUGCCCCAACCCACUGCUCCUGUUUUCGGAGAAGUUACCUCUCAGACAAAUGGAGCUCCCACUACUUCUGCAACCUCCCAAGACACUCCCAGAUCCUUUGGCUUCGGCUUUAGCGGGGCAAAGAACAAGACUCAAUCUCCACAAGACCAAAACUUGUUUUUUCAGUGUAUGACCCAGAAUUCUAGCUCCGGCCCAAGCCUAGCUGCUGGUCAGACCCAGUCCAAGGACACCAAUUACUUCACUGCAGUGUCUGAGAGCCUGAACAAGGAACCUCCGAGCCUUUUCAAACCCGCAGCCUCCAAUGAAGCUCUGAAGAAGCCUGAGCAGCCCAAAGUGCCUGAGACCCAUCCGACAGGAAAUGGUGUGCUCAACAAGCCCACAUCGGCCUUCCAGGGCAUUGGAGGCUCUGCAGCUGGAAGAGGCUCUGGUCUGAGUAUUGGUGGUCUAGCUACAGCUGCUGGAGCUCAGAGUACAUCGAAGAAGAGCAGUAAUGAUGGCACCGCUGCGGGGAGCUUAAGCUUGCAGUCUGGUUUUAGUACUUCAGAUAGCCACCAGAAUCUUUUUCUGCAGGCUUCCAAAGAACCAAAUCCAUUUCUAGCAUAUGGAGACAAAACCUCCCACACCCCCUUUGCUGGACUCAGUGGUGCUGAACCUCAGACUCUUGGUUCUGCCUCAGACAGCAAACCAAACCUUUUCACCAUGGCAGAACCACCGAAAGGGAUUCUGUCUUCCCCUUUCUCAGCACUCGCAACUGCUGCCACCCCCAGUUCCUCUUCUCCAGCACCAGCCUCAUUACAGAGAGCACAGACUGAAGGGACUGUGACAAAGCAGGAGCAGGAAGUUGGGGAGAUGCCUUCAUCCACCUCAGGCUGCCCCAUGUUUGGAAGCACUGGCUCAGGAGCAAUGGAGGACCUUCCUGUGUCUUUCGACCAGAGUCAGUCACAGAAGUUUUCCCUUGAGGAGAGAGGUCAGUCAUCCAAACGCGACUCUGACUCCAGCAGCAACAGCGAUCUGUCAGACCUGAGCGAGAAUGAGGAGGACCCAGAGAAGGGCCCAGUCCCAGGAGGACCACCACACCCUGCAAAGGAUGCAGCCAUGCUGCAGAAAGCUAAAGUCCAGGGGGCUCCCAAGAGUCGUCCACGUAACAAGCCUUUUAAAGGUGAGUCUUGUUAACUGUUGAGAGGUGAAAAAAUCGUUAGUAGAGUCAAACAAAAUCACAGUACUGACCCUAAGUUGUCUUCUCCAGUGGGCCAGUCUGUUCUCAAAGACCAGAGCAAAGUGCGUCGCUUGAAGCAGUCUGGUGAGUCCUUUCUCCAGGACGGCUCCUGCAUCAAUGUGGCACCUCACCUGCAUAAGUGCCGCGAGUGUCGCCUGGAGCGUUACCGGAAAUAUCGGACUGCAGAUGAUGACAGCGAUGAUGAAGACGAUCCUAAUGUGGCCUGUCGUUUUUUCCACUUCAGAAGGUGCACAUCUCUCUGCUGCUGUGGCUUUGUGUCCUUCAGUGCAAAAAAAAAGAGAAUUACAAAAAAGUAAUCUGUCAUUGAAUUGACUUUUUUUUCACCUGCGACCAGGUUGGCGUUCACUCGUAAGGGUGUGCUGCGUGUGGAAGGCUUCCUGAGCCCUCAGCAGAGCGAUGCCAUGGCCAUGGGUCUGUGGCUGCCUGCACCAGCUGUCCAAGAGGGCCUGGACCUUGAUACAUCCAAGUACAUCCUGGCCAAUGUAGGGGACCAGUUCUGUCAGUUGGUCAUGUCUGAGAAGGAGGCGAUGAUGAUGGUGGAGCCGCACCGUGAGUCUGAAUACCCUUUCCUGACCUCAUCAGAGCAGCAUUGUCUCUCUGCAUGUAACUCAUCAGAAAGUUCUACUGUGUAUGUAAGCUUUUAUUUUGUUUUUGCUCUGCUCUCCAGAGAAAGUGGCUUGGAAACGCGCUGUGCGAGGCGUCAGAGAAAUGUGUGAUGUGUGUGAGACCACUCUGUUUAACAUCCACUGGGUGUGUCGCAAGUGUGGCUUCGGAGUAUGUCUGGACUGCUAUCGGCUUCGCAGGAACAGGCCAAGAGAGGGUGAGUCAGUGGUGUGACAAAGAGGACUUUAGCACCAGGUGAACAAGUUCAUUGUAGUUUUAUUGUCAUAGCUGUUCUUCUGUCUUUAAUGUCAUUUUUGGGUAGAAAAGUAAAGGCUGUAAAAAUAAUGUUAACAAAGACAAAUUGUAGGGGUUUUUACACGGUUGUGGAACAUUAAAACCACGAAAAACAACAAUCUGUGAAGAAAAAUCAAAGAUAAUGCAGCAGUAGUUUUAUUGAUGUUAGCGCCAGUUUACCUGCAACUUGUUUAUUUUGUUUUACGGGGGUUUAAAUGAAGGAGGUCUGUUGACUUAGAGUUUCUGUGUCACCUCUUACAAAUCAUGGGUGCGAUGAACAUUAAAGCGGCCAUGACUAGAUCAGCUUAAGUUACGUUGUCGGUACGCUGAAAGAGAUUUAGGAGGAAAAUGUGUAAUAAACUACUUGGACACCCAUAUUCUUAAGUUUUCUCCUUUGAGGUUACCUACAAACAGGUAUAAUUGUUUAUGUAUAACACAGGUUUAUAUGCUCUUUUUCUUAGAUGUGGAUGAAGGUCCAGAAGACGAGGUUUUCGCCUGGUUAAAGUGUGCCAAAGGCCAACCUCACGAGCCACAGAACCUCAUGCCCACACAGAUUAUACCAGGAACAGGUAACGUAUUUUUUUAAGUUAAUUCAACUGUAAAUCUGUCCUACCUCACAUGCUUUUCUUAUGAAAUAUGAUAAGUAUUGGUCCUGAUUUUAUUGCCUUUCUCUUUUAGCUCUUUACAACAUAGGUGAUAUGGUGCACUCAGCAAGAGGCAAGUGGGGAAUCAAAGCAAAUUGUCCCUGUGCAAGUCGACACACCAAGCCACUAGUGCGCCCCAGUGCCCCUAAUGGCAUUUCACAGGUACUGUCUUUCUUUUUAGCUUCUCUGCAUUUUGGAAAAGUGUUUAACUUGCAGACUCUCAUGUGUGGUUGUGCUUGUCUCAGCAGUCUACGACAAGCAGUGGUAGCAUCCUCGCAGCUGCAGCCCCUGGGAUUGGCACAACUCCAAAAUCAGAGGGAGAAACGUCAGUGAUCAAAACAGAAACAACGCAAACGGCGGCUCCAUCAGACAGCGGGGGAGGGGAAAGUGUAGGCAGCACUAGUAAUUCCACCAGUGGUACAUCCUCCCCCUGUAACCUCCCCCAGUCCUCUGCAAAGGAGUCACGCCCAUCAGGAGAGGGCAACAGCUCCGCUCUGCAUUGGCUGGCAGAUCUGGCCACACAGAAAGCCAAGGAUGACACCAAGGGUAAGAAGACAGAACAACAUCCUUAAUCUGUGUCAUCUGUGUGGAGUUAAAAAGUACAAAUCUUUUUUGAAGAUGAUAACACGUCGCGUCUCUUUUAAUCAUCUUCCACUAGAAUCUGGUUCACUCCGCGCCAUGAUGAGCCGGGACAGCCGGCCCCCCUUUGGCCUAGACUCACUCAGCGCUCUGUCAAAGCCCUCUGCUUCCAGCCCUAAGCUUUUUAACAGCCUUUUACUGGGAUCCAGCAUGGCCCAGUCUAAACCUGAGGGAUCCAGUCUUCGGGACCUGCUCAACUCUGGACCAGGAAAACUCCCUCAGGGUCCAGGAGAGAGCGGGGUGCCAUUCCCCUCUGUCUUUACCUCAGCAGGUGUAAGUGUAAAGCUUUUGUUGGUCCUCCUAACUUCAGAGAGUGUUUAAACAGACUAGUUUACUGGACUUUUCCUUCACUCAGUGCCUUUACACGCACAGUUAAGUCGUUAAAGCUCGAUUAGGUAAUUUAACUAGACUACCAUCCUUGUCCCAGUUUAUAAGCACCAGCAAAGAAUCAUAAUAUUAACAGAAGCAUGUCAGUAGGUGGCAAAAUGCUCCCUUUCAGCCCGCCACUAUUGUAUCAUCUCCCAGUUGACCUGCUACCGACCUCUCAUACCAAAAUGACCGACAAAUGCAAGUGACUGAUUUACCUCUAAUUUCCAAUUUUAAAUAACACAAAAAAUGAUCCAGUUAAGUCUAUUACUAUAUCCUUGAUUCAAAUAUAGUGACUCAACAGAAUAAAAUAAAAUAAAAAAAACAACAUUGAAAUGGUAACACAAUGACAACAGGAAAGAACUGAGUUGAUUAUGAGUUGUAUUAAUGCCAUUAGCCAGUGCAAUAAUGAGUAAAAAGAUGGAUUUAAAAUUACUGACUCAGUAAAAUUCUCUGAGACGCUCUGCUUUGAAAAAAAAAAACAAAAAACAGUUGAUUGAAGUUAGCAGGGCUUGACACUGUUGUUUUUCGCAAGGAGCACUUGUGCUCCUAAGUUAAAAAAGUAAGGAUCACACAAAGAACUUUAGAGGCACAAUGAAAAUUUAUCAAAUAAUGUCUUAUCGUCCGACUUAAGUACUAAUAUUUGAAAUCAAUUCUAGGUCAGUUGGUCACAUGACAUGAAAGCUAUUAAAGAAAAACUGCCUUUUUUGAGAACAUUGAUCGGUAAUUUAUUGAUGGUCCCUUAUUCAACACCUGACGUUGACAGUGAGGGUGCCGAGUAGAUUUAACCGCGCUGCUGUUGGUAUUCCCGGUUCUGGAGAGUGAGAAGACACAAGUAGAUCCGCAGUGAAUGUCUGUCAGAAAUCCAACCUAAAACUAACUUCACCGUCGUAUUUACGUGAAAAAACAUUUGCUGACUUUUUUUUUAUACGCACAUGCACCCCUAAAUACAUUUUACACUUCGCGCACAUCUAUUUUUUGUUGCAAAUGUGAGUGUAAUGGUCGCACUGUCAAACUCUGGUUAGAUGAUUAAUAUUUUCUCUUUGGUCGGUCAGAGCGACAAGCUUAAGAGCAGCCUUCCCAACUUCCUGGAUCACAUCAUUGCCUCGGUUGUUGAGACCAAGAAGGCAGAAGGCCGUCGGACCGGGGUCUCUGAGGGCGGGGAGCUCGGAGCGUUGGGGGGCCGUAAAGACGGCGUAAUGGGCCUUAGCGUUCUGGAGCCACACACCUCCCAUUCUUGGCUCUGUGAUGGACGACUCCUCUGCCUUCAGGAUCCCAGCAACAGCAACAACUGGAAGAUCUUCAGAGAGUGCUGGAAGCAGGGACAAGUAAGAACUUCAACCUGAACGACAAAAAUCAAAAAGCACUCAAUGCUCAAAGGGUUGUAACUUCACCGCUCCAGCUUGUGUUGGCUUCUUAAUCAUCUUAUCUUUGUUCCUUUGCAUCUAGCCUGUGUUGGUGUCUGGGAUACAUAAACGUCUGAAAGGGGAACUAUGGCAUCCAGAUGCCUUCAGUAAAGAGUUUGGAGACCAGGAUGUCGACCUGGUCAAUUGUAGAAACUGUGCUAUCAUCUCAGACGUGAAGGUGCGGGACUUCUGGGAUGGCUUCCAGGUCAUCUCAAGUAAGUGCCCCAACUUCUUCUUCCUCUUGUAGUCUUUUCACAUCAUUUCAUUGACUGAUGUGUAAGUCAUUGUGUUAUUUUAGCUCCUGUUUUUCUUGGAUGUAAAUGGAAGUUGUUGUCUUUUUCAUGUGAAUACAGAGCGACUGCAAGAUAGUGAAGGCCAACCUAUGGUGUUGAAAUUAAAGGACUGGCCUCCAGGCGAAGAUUUUAGGGACAUGAUGCCUACAAGGUGAGGAACACAGAGAGAUGCUUCUUACUUACCAACCCAUAAACCCCUUUAUCUAAAGAUAAGGUUGAGUUCACACAUAAAUAACAAAGUUUGCUGUUUUGUGUAUCAUUUUUAAUAUUACUUACUCAUGUUUUCUUUAAUUCCCUCAUCCUCAAGAUAUCGGGCACAAAUAGAAUCUGUUAAAUUUGUUAAAAAUUUUCACAUUUUCUCACAAACUAUGUAAGGUCAAUUUUCACUGAACGGUUGAGGUUGCUGUUUUGUAAACAGUUUCUGGACCAGUCACCUCUACCGCUUAAUUACCUGUUCAUAUAAGACACACUUGCCAGCCCCGCUGCUGCCUCUCUUCAAUGUUGUCUUUCAUUGUUCCCAGGUUUGAGGAUCUGAUGGAGAACCUCCCCUUACCCGAGUACACAAAAAGAGAUGGUCGUCUUAAUCUUGCUGCCCGCCUGCCUAAUUUUUUUGUGCGUCCUGAUCUGGGACCUAAGAUGUACAACGCCUAUGGUGAGGAGAGUCUGUCCAGAUGUGACAGAAACUUGACUCUUCUUAAUCAGUGUUGCCUGAUGUUUCAUACCUUCGUUUUAUUACGUCAUCCUACCAACUUUUAAUUUUUCCCCAGGCUUAACUUCAUCUGAAGAUAGAAAAGUGGGAACCACCAACCUCCACUUGGAUGUCUCUGAUGCUGUCAAUGUCAUGGUUUAUGUUGGCAUUCCUCAAAGAGAAGGAGACCAGGAACAAGGUCAGUGGAGCUAAAACAGGACCCCUCUUUAUCUGUUAAUUUGGUCUCCUCUUUCCAUCUCAUCUUUGCGCAUACACACAUUUACGAGACAUUUAUUACAUGACAGUGAUUGCCACACACUUUUGAGUAGCAACUAUCAUCGAAACACCGCUACCCCACCAAAAAUGCACAAUAAUGUUCAUAUAUAAAGGCAUUUUGAAUCUGGAUACUCCUGAUUUGUGUGGCAUCAAACAGAAGUAAUUUGAAUUGUCAGGGUCAGUUGUUCCUCUAACUGACCCCUCCUAAACAAUCUGAAGGAAUAUUUUUACAUUUCUGUUAAUUUAGUUGUGCUUGUACUGCUGUAGUUGAUUCAGGCUUGAUUGGCUUAGGCAGGACCCUGAAAAAGACCCUCCAGUGGGUCUCACUCAUUUACAUUGUGACAAAAUUUCUCGUUCACAGAAGCAGAUAUCUCUGGACGCCAAGGUCUGUAGACUUUCAAUUGUAUCACCUCAGUAGCAUGCCCUUCUUCUUGACUAACUCCCCUUUGUCACUGCCCUUCUCAUCCUUGUGUUUAAUAUCUGUGCAGUAGGGGCCAGAGCACUGGGACCCAUCUAUUAGUGGCAUGUGUGGUACAUUUCUGUGUAAACUCCAGCUUCUUUUUAACAACUUCCAUGGAUAACAGAUGAGAUUCAUUUAGUCUCUUUCACUAAAGUUGUCGACUUUCUUCCUCAGAGUAUUUCAGUUUUACAGACACAGUAACUUAAACUUUACACACUAAUGCUGCGUUUGAGUUACCUCGGAAGUCAGAUGUCGGAGCUGAAAAUGACGUCAAACCCGAGUUACCAGCGUUUCAGUUACCAAGUCGGAAAACAAGAUGGCUACGUUUAAGAAAGUAGAUGCCUUGGCCUUGGUAUAUUCAGACAAGGCAAGCGCUAAAAUAACUUUCGUAGCUGUAGCCAUCCUGUUUCCGCCUCAGAUUUUGCUUUUUUCCAACUUGGUAACUGAAACGCUGGUAACUCAGGUGCGACGUCAUUUUCAGCUCUGACACCUGACUUCCGAGGUAACUCGAAUGCAGCAUUAUAGACAGGUCACAUAGUUGUGUAUAAUAACUGCACUGGUAGCAUCUUUUAGUCCUUUAAGCUUUUGGAAACAGUGCUCUGGUCUUCACAUGGAGGGAGGAAAGUUUGAAUGAAGGGCAUUUAGACUUGGAGUCCCUAUUUCCUCACUUCCUGUCACUUUCCACAGUGACUCUUGAAGUACUCAACAGUAUGACCAUGCUAUCAUCAUACCGUGUUUUUUUCCUCACGUACACACAGUUGAAGGCACACACAGACACAGACCUAUUCUGACAUCACUUCAUUUUUGGUGUUUUCCCUCUAUAACGUCUGUGUUCGUACCUCUGAUGUGGGCUCAGACACAGAAAGACUUUGCCAGCCCAUCACACCUUGGAGAGAUUUACAUGGUGGACAAAGCAUGUCAGAAGCUUUGUAGUCCUAACUGGAACAUGCAGUGUAAUAGAGGAAAUUACACUGCAGUCUAACUAAUUGAACAGUUGGGUAUAGACGGUCAUGUUAGUUGCUGUAAAUAAUCAACCAUAAGUUGUGAAAGUUAACACUGUGUUAGAAAAUGUGAUUGUGUAGUUUGUUUCUCACCCCUGUGGUUCUCAACUGGUUCUUCUCCCUGGGGUCCAAAUUUGUCUUGAAACGUCACUGAAAUCAUAACUAUUCCCUCUGAUUCAUCCAAAUCAGUAUCUUGGUAAUCUUCUUUGUGUUUAAAAAGGGGCUUCAGUCAUUCACUUCAUCCAUCAGAAUUCUUUCAAAAGGUAAAUAAAACUCUGGACUGCUGCGUGGGUGUUAGUUUCUUAAAAGUGAUUGAGUUUGGACAGUAUUUUCUAAGGAGUUUUGGAAAAUCACAGCACCUCAGAAUAAUACUGUCGUAGCCCACAGCCCAGCAGUUCACAUAUAAUGGACUUUUGACCCACUACUGAGCCACCAGUUGAGAACUAUACAUCUGCACAAUUUGUGUCCAACAGAUUUACAUUAAUUCAGUUUGUCAUGUUGUGAAAGAUGCAGAAAUCUCUUGUCUCGGUUUAUAAAGAGUGUGUAAAAGCAGGAUUUGUUUGGACAUGAACACACACAGUGACACUUGAUCCUGGGGCAGCGUUAAGACUGUGAAAAUCUUCCCAGAAUAGUGGCAUUUUUGAUGACCAUUCGGUGCUCUGUAUGUGUGUGCUUUGUGGUUGUGUUUGAUCUACCAGAGGUCAUGACCACUAUUGAGGAAGGUGAUGUGGAUGAAAUGACAAAGAGGAGGGUGUUUGAGGGAGAGGAGAAACCUGGAGCUCUCUGGCACAUCUACGCUGCCAAGGACGCUGAGAAAAUCAGAGAACUUCUCCGCAAGGUCAGCAGCUUUUUGCUAUAAGUAUUCAAAAAAGCACCUAAUCUCUGGGGCUGCAGCGCCAUAGGCUGUUCUUGUUUCAAACUUAAAACUUAAGAUCUUUGCCUUUUUUUGUGAGGUGGGAGAGGAGCAGGGUCAAGAAAACCCUCCAGACCAUGACCCCAUUCAUGACCAGAGCUGGUACCUGGAUCAGGCACUCCGUCGGAGGCUGUACGAAGAAUACGGCGUCCAGGGUUGGGCAAUUGUACAGUUCUUAGGAGAUGCCGUUUUUAUCCCAGCUGGAGCUCCGCAUCAGGUAAAUAUCACAUUCAAGUUUGUGAUGUUGUUCCGAAUAUAAGUACCACUAAGAUUCACUCACAUAGAUAAUCUCUGAUUUAGGAGUGCUGUCUUUAAUUUUCCAAGACUAACCACUGUUUGCCUCAUUGUAAACAUAAAGUAUUCACAACACUUGUCUAAAGACAGCGACCCACAAAGGGAGAAGUCAUAUAUUAUAGAACUUCUAUUGGUGUACUCAGUAUAAGCAUUCAUUGCACACUUCUCGUCUAAUCACAUUACUUGGUCUGAACUAAUAAAAGUAUAAUGAUAUAUUUCAUAAAUGUCUCAAGAUUUAAGAGACUUACUUAUACUUUUUUCCUUCAUCAACACAUUUAUCAAAUCUCCCUCAGGUGCACAACCUGUACAGCUGUAUCAAGGUGGCAGAGGACUUUGUGUCUCCUGAGCAUGUCAGGCACUGUUUCAGAUUGACCCAGGAGUUCAGACAUCUGUCCACUACUCAUACAAACCAUGAAGACAAGCUACAGGUUGGUUUGCUUUUCUCCUAUGAAUUUUCAGCAUCGAAGGAUAUUGAUUAAGUGUUACUUCUAAUCCAAAAUAAGUCAUAUUUGUGCUUGUUGUAAUAACCUGCUGAGGAGUCUUUAUACCGACCAAGUUUAGUGGCUGCUGAUUAUUUCUGUAUAUAAUCACUACCAUAAUCUACUGACAUGUGAUUAUGUAUUAAGGCAUCGUAAUUUUUUUUUUCUCUAGGUGAAGAACAUCAUCUAUCACGCAGUGAAGGACGCUGUUGGGACCCUGAAGGCCCACGAACCCAAACUAGCACGUCCUUAG